UGGUCCCCCGGCCAGAGUCUCAGCUAUAAAGGCAGCCCACGCAUGACGGCUGUGGCGAAGCUGGGGUAGCUGCGGUGCUCUCCAGCUUUCAGCCCCCACGGCGCCCCCUUUACUCUUUGCCCCCUGAGCUCUCCUGACUCCACCAUGCCGAGGGGCUUCCUGGUAAAGCGAACUAAACGGACAGGCGGCUCAUAUCGAGUGCGCCUAGCUGAGCGGGGCUUCCCCAGGCUGGGGCCCCAGGGGGCGCCGCCCUUCCCCGAGGAGGCUUCCAGUGCCCCCCAGCCCAGUACGGAGCAGGUGGCACCCCCCACCUUGGAGGAGGCAGCGGCGGCCCGUGAACUGUCGGGGUUGUCCUGUCGGGCGGCUAGGGUGAGCCCGGGGGAGGGCAGGCAGGAAGGUGCUGCGGAGUGGGGGGCGGAUGGUAGGGAGGGUCCCGGGCCGAGCCCCAGCCCCACGAAGCCGGCGGGCGCGGAGCUGCGCCGGGCAUUCCUGGAGCGCUGCCUCAGCUCACCCGUCUCUGCAGAGUCCUUCCCUGGGGGUGCCGCCGCCGUGGCUGCUUUCUCCUGCUCCGCGGCGCCAGCAGCUGCACCGACCUCGGGGGAGCAGUUCCUGCUGCCGCUCCGGGCACCGUUCCCAGAGCCAGAGUUCCACCCAGACCCUGCGCCCCUCUCGGCCACCCUGCAUGGCCUGAAGCGGGCCGCUGGCAAUGAGCGCCGUGCCAAGGCACCUCCGGGCUGCACGUCUGGACCUGCGGCCGCCGGAGUCAAGAAGCCAAAGGCGAUGAGGAAGUUGAACUUCACCGAUGAAGUGACCACGUCCCCAGUCCUGGGCCUGAAGAUUAAGGAGGAGGAGCCCGGAGCACCAUCCCGGGGUCUGGGGGGCAGCCGCACGCCACUGGGGGAGUUUAUCUGCCAGCUAUGCAAGGAGCAGUACGCGGACCCUUUCGCUCUGGCUCAGCACCGCUGCUCCCGCAUCGUACGCGUCGAGUACCGCUGCCCUGAGUGCGACAAGGUCUUCAGCUGCCCUGCGAACCUCGCCUCCCAUCGUCGCUGGCACAAACCGCGUCCCGCAGCGGCAAAUGCAGCCACAGUGUCUUCAGCCGACGGGAAGCCGCCUCCUUCGUCUUCCUCGACCUCCCCAGACUCCGGGGCUGUUGCAUCUUUCUUGGCGGAGGGGAAGGAGAACAGCCGGGUAGAGCGAGGGGCCGAUCAGCACCUGCAGGCGAGGGACAGCUCCAGGGCGGAGCAGCACCAGGACAGCGCCCCACACCAGGGCCUCCCCGUGCUGUCACACCCUGAGCCACCGCUGCCUCAGGUCCCCUAUACGGAGGGGGUGUUGGGGCGCCGGAUGCCUGGGCCAGGUAGUGCUAGUGGUGUUGGGGGACCCGAGAUCUUCAUGUGUCCGUAUUGCCACAAAAAGUUCCGUCGCCAAGCCUAUCUGCGCAAGCACCUAGGCACUCACGAGGCAGGCUCCGCUCGUGCGCUUGCCCCGGGCUUUGGCUCCGAACACUGUGCCCCACUCGCCUUCGCUUGCCCACUGUGCGGGGCGCACUUCCCGUCCGCAGAUAUCAGGGACAAACACCGGCUGUGGCACGCGGUCCGCGAGGAGCUGCUCCUGCCUGCUCUGGCCGGGGCCCCCGCUGAAGCACCGAGCCCAGGCGGAGAAUCCGACGGGAGUGCUCAGCAAAUUUUCUCGUGCAAGCACUGCCCGUCCACUUUUUUUAGCUCCCCAGGGCUGACCCGGCACAUAAAUAAGUGCCACCCCUCAGAAAGUCGGCAGGUACUGCUGCUGCAGAUGCCGUUGAGGCCUGGCUGUUGAGGAAGGAGAUGAGGAAGAUUGUGCGGUUGGCCUUGGAGGAAACAGAUAAUGGGAAUUUCUGUGGGGAUUUCUUGAAUUUGCAAUUUACCCUCUUUCCUGCCUCUAUUUUUCUCUCUUAAAACUCCCAGUAGUCCAUGUUCCGCCAGAGAAGCGGACAGCGAAAUGUAAAGUCCCUCUCUAGAGCAGGUAUGUAUAUGGUAUAAACAUUCGCGGUAAAGGACCGUCACUUUAAAGCCUUCUUGCUUUCCCCACGAAAAUAGGAUUUCCCCCCUCACUCUGGAGACCCUAAUGAAUCCUAUAUGACUUGUAAUUCCUAUGGAAAGUCGUAGUGAAUGCGUGCAUGUUUCAAUAUCUACAAAGGAUUCUAGCUACCAAAAAUGGUAGUCCUUAAUGUUUUUUUUCCUCUUGCCAUCGCAGGCGCCUAUGUAGUUUCUGUCUCAAUAGGGUCAGAUAUCUUGCAUUGUAUAUUCUGUGAAUUGAAAGUUAUGUGA